CUUUUCGAGACAGGACAGACAAUCAUCACUUCUGCUUGAUACUUGUCACCGCACUGAUCUCCCCUUCUCGCCCUCUCCAACCGAAACCUAAUGUCUGCCUUCCCUCAUCCACCAGGCUUGCUGCCCGCCGAGAUCGCGUUUCUCUGUGAAAUGGAGCAAGUGACCAUAAUCCCACGACAGCGCCUCGAACGUCUCGACUUACUGGGCGUAAGUCCUUCCCACGGCCUCUGCAUCAGAUGAGGGUCCGACCCGAGCCCUCAUCCCCCCGCAACGCACAACCCUACCCAUCUGGCUCGCAGUCCUAUUGAAGCGCCAAAGACGCGCCAACAUCAUGCCACCGCCCUGGAUUCUCACCGAGAAUCUGCAGGAUAUUCUCGAGACCGAGACCCAUAAGGACUUUGAAGAGACGUUUUCACCCCCGGCUUCAAUGCCGUCUUUGCGUCAGACAGACUACGGCGGAAAGCCGUUUUAUGCCUCUGCGCCUUUUGUGGAGUCGUGUACGGUGAAUGCAAAUCCAACAACGCUGCCGUAUCAUUGGUUCGAACUCUCAGAGAUACUCCUGGAAGCGGCGAGCGACGAUAUUCCUGAACCUGACAAAGUGAGGCAGUUGCUGAGAGACAUACGAGAAGUGCGGCUAGCCAAGAUGCGGAAACGAGUAGAGCAUUUGUCUGGCAAUGGUGAAGGUACACGGCUUGACGGUAUAGGCGCUAUGGAGCUCUCUGAAUCUAGAGGAUUUAUUACAGGCGUUGUCGAUGGCUUGAGGAAGAUCGAUGCCAGCAGAGAGCAGGAGAGGAGAGAAAGAGAAGAGGAAGAGAGGGAGGACCGGAGGUAUAACGACGAAGACGACGAAGACGAUGAAAUGACAUAAAAUGAUUUUCCAUGAGCGUGAGGAAUAUGACCAUUGAUUUCGGUAUAGACAUCGGGCAAAUUCAUUCGAG